UGAAUCAAUCAGUCGAUCAGUCCAUGGAGGUAAGCAGAGUUUCUGGCAUGUUCUCUUUAUGCUCUUCGAUCAAAAACAAGUAUUACUCAUCGUCCCUUCCAUCUCUGUAUUCUCUCUCUUCCUUUUCGCCUCUUCUCCGAACCAAUUCACGGAUUCCCGUCUCCUUAAAGGGAGGAUUUCCCAGCUACUCCAUGUGUACUACUAGAAAACGAAAUCUAUGCAUCGCUUCUUCUGGUUCUAAUACAGAUGGAUUUGAAGGUUCUUAUAAUUAUCAGGGUGCUGCUGAAUCAUUCUUCAGAACAGUGCUAGAAAGCAUGGAGAAGGUUUAUUUAAGUAGGAAUCCCACUGCAAGUGCCAUAUUGGAGCUUGUUCGUUCAUUUGAUGGUGAUCGAAUUUCCUAUGACCAUCUUGCAUUCAGGACAUUUGGGGCUGAUGGUUAUGGAAUUGACUCCAUGGCAAAGUUUUUCCUUGACUUUGGUUAUACGCCUCAGGAAGAAUUGAGAUUUCCUGCAAAAAAAUUGAAAGCUCUAUGGUUUGCUCCGCCCAGUAGUCCAUCUUCUGAAAAUGGGAGUGGUGUUUAUGGGCCUUUGCCAAGAAUAUUCAUAUCAGAGCUUCUUGUAAAUGAGAUGAGUCCUCAAGCUCAGGAAAUAAUUAGAAAAUACACUAAAAUAUCUGGCAGCGGAAAUAAACAUGCUGCACUUGCAAGUGCACUGGGAUCUUUAACAUGGGAAAGGCCCUUGUAUUCUGAUUUCCAGCAACUAGCUAGGGAGAGUGAAUAUGCUGCAUGGACUCUAGUCAAUGGAUAUGCAGUGAACCAUGUAACUAUUUCCACUCAUCAGCUGACGUCCAAGUUGAGCAACAUUAAAAGUUUCAAUCAAUUUAUUGAAGAAAACGGAUAUAAAUUGAAUUCUGAAGGUGGAACUUUAAAAGUGAGUCCUGAUGGUCUUCUGCAGCAGAGUUCAACUGUAGCAGAUUCAAUUUCUUUUAAUUUUUCUGAUGGAAUAAUUGAAUCUGUUCCUUGUUCAUACAUCGAGUUUGCGGAGCGUCUGGUGUUGCCUCAGUAUAAAAACUUACCUGAAAAAGAGGUCAAGGAGUACCAUAGGCGUGAUGGUUUUGAGGUUGGAAAUGCUGACAAGAUAUUUGAGAGCACAUCGAUGGAUCAAUUAACAAGAAAAUCUGCAUAACAAUCAGAAUACAACUUUUCACUCCAGGUAGCUGCAAAAUAAAUUAAGUUUACCGUGCAUGAAAUGGAAUGGCCAAUUGGGGCCUUUUGUCUUAUAAUCUGAAAUGGCCUGACAUGAAAAAUUUAUAGCUAAGAUGUGUAUAAACAUAUUAUCUUACUGUAAUUAGAGUUCAAUGCAAACCUU